UCCGUGUUAUGAUUAUGAGAGAACUUCAUUCUAUCACUUCAGGCUUAGUGGAUCUUCAGCACAAAAGCUAUAACUUCGUAUAAUAAAAAAACAAGACACUUUUCAAACCAUGAAUUGGUUGUAAACGUAUUUGUAAAAGUUAUUGUUAUUGAAAGAAACGCCCACCUGUCUGGUUAUGAACCCUGCAUGCACUGCAGGUUGUGACUACUGAGACAAUGCUGCAAGCCAGUUGAUUAAAGCUGGGGAACUGACUCUGACAAAGGCUUCUUUCGACUGCAGCCACAUUUACUAAUACAGUUACAAUUCAAAUGAAUGGAGUAUUAACACUAUGGGUGAGCAUUCUGGCCUGCAGUAUGUCAGCCCUUAUGCAUUUGAAGCAAUGCAAAAAGUAGAUGUGGUACGCUUAGCUGCCUUAAGUGACCCUGAACUGAGGCUUCUCCUUCCUUGCUUAGUCCGCAUGGCCUUGUGUGCUCCAGCAGACCAAAGUCAGAAAUGGGCCCAGGACAAGAAGCUGCUACUCCGGUUGCUCUCGGGAGUAGAGGCUGUUAAUGCUAUUGUGGCUUUGCUGUCAGUGGAUUUUCAUGCACUAGAGCAAGAUGCUAACAAAGAACAGCAGCUUAGACACAAACUAGGAGGAGGCAGUGGGGAGAGUAUCUUGGUAUCACAGCUGCAGCAUGGAUUAACCCUGGAGUUUGAGCACAGUGAUUCACCUCGCAGAUUGCGCCUAGUGUUAAGUGAACUGUUGGCUAUAAUAAAUAAGGUAGCUGAUUCCAAUGGUGAAUUCUUCUUAAAAUCAUCUGAACUCUUUGAAAGCCCUCUACAUAUGGAGGAAGCUGCAGAUGUUCUAUGCAUUUUACAAGCAGAAUUACACACUCUUUUGCCCAUUACUGACAUGGCUGAAGCACUUCUCCACGUACGCAACGGAGCUUGGUUUCUUUGUUUGUUAGUGGCUAAUGUUCCUGACAGCUUCAGUGAAGUUUGUAGAAGUCUAAUUAAGAAUGGAGAGCGUCAAGAUGAGGAAAGCAUUGGUGGGAGGCGUAGAACUGAAGCCUUGCGCCAGCUGUGCAAAAUGAAUCCAUCUCAGGCUCUCAAAGUGCGCAGCAUGGUGGUAGAAGAAUGCCAUCUACCUGGACUUGGAGUAGCUUUAACAUUGGACCACACAAAGAAUGAGGCAGGCGAAGAUGGGGUGAGCAAUAUGGUCUGUUUUGUGAGUGGAUUGCUACUGGGAACAAACACAAAAGUCAGAACUUGGUUUGGAACAUUUAUCCGGAAUGGACAGCUGAGAAGGCGAGAGAAUAGCAGUUCAGUACUGUGGCAAAUGAGAAGACAGCUCCUUUCAGAACUAAUGGGAAUCCUUCCAGCUACGAGAAGUAUACCUGUGGAGUCCCAGGACCCUGGAGUGUCUGUGCAUCCUGGAUUAAAAGAGGAACAUGUUGUGAAAGCCAGUGCCUUGCUUCGCUUAUACUGUGCUUUAAUGGGAAUUGCUGGCCUCAAGCCUACUGAUGAGGAGGCAGAACAAGUCCUUCAGUUAAUGACAAGCCGGCCUCCUGCAACCCCUGCUGGUGUGCGUUUUGUUUCACUGUCUUUCUGCAUGCUUUUGGCUUUUUCUACCGUUGUCAGUACACCUGAACAGGAGCAGCUGAUGCUGAUGUGGUUAAGUUGGAUGAUAAAAGAAGAGGCAUAUUUUGAAAGUACUGCAGGUGUGUCUGCCUCAUUUGGAGAGAUGCUGCUGUUGGUCGCUAUGUAUUUCCAUAGCAACCAGCUCAGUGCUAUCAUUGAUCUGGUCUGUUCCACUUUGGGAAUGAAGAUUGUUAUAAAGCCAAGUUCACUUAGUAGAAUGAAGACAAUAUUCACCCAGGAAAUUUUCACAGAACAGGUUGUUACAGCCCAUGCAGUAAGAGUGCCAGUUACAAGUAACCUCAGUGCUAAUAUUAGUGGAUUUCUUCCUAUCCAUUGUAUCUACCAGCUGCUAAGAAGCCGGGCAUUCACAAAGCACAAAGUAUCUAUUAAGGACUGGAUUUACACACAAAUCUGUGAAACAACUACUCCUCUGCAUCAGCAGCUCUUACCUCUCAUUGAUGUUUAUAUCAACUCUAUUAUCACUCCUGCGUCAAAGUCCAGUCCAGAAGCCACUAACAAGCCAGUCACAGAGCAGGAAAUCCUAAAAGUUUUCCAUGGGCUUACAGGAGAGAACUCUCGAGCUAAGCCUCAUACUAUCACGACUCAACUUCUGAUGUUGUACUAUGUCCUGUCUUAUGAAGAAGCACUUUUGGCAAACUCUAAGUCCCUGGCUGUGAUGCAGAGAAAGCCCAAAUCUUAUUCUUCAGCAAUGAUGGACCAAAUUCCCAUAAAAUAUCUUAUUCGUCAAGCCCAGGGUCUACAGCAGGAACUGGGAGGUUUGCACUCUGCUUUAUUGCGCCUGCUUUCUACUAACUAUCCUCAUCUAUGUAUUGUGGAUGACUGGAUCUGUGAGGAGGAGAUCACUGGAACAGAUGCUCUUCUAAGGAGAAUGCUGCUAACUAGCUCUGCCAAAAGUCAUUCACCGAAGCAGCUUCAGGAAGCAUUUUCGCUUCUUCAGAGUAACCACACCCAUGUCAUGCAAAUUCUGGAGCACUUGACGUUGCUUAGCGCUAGUGACCUCAUACCUUACGCAGAAGUAAUUACUGCUAACAUGAUCCGGUUGCUGAAUGUUGGUGUCCCACGCAGAAUCCUUCAAACUGUCAAUAAGCUCUGGAUGACUUUGAACACAGUAAUGCCAAGAAGAUUGUGGGUGAUGACGGUAAAUGCAUUGCAGCCACCUUUGAAGUUAGCGCGACAACACAAGUACACACAAAACGAUCUCAUGAUUGACCCUUUAAUAGUACUUAGAUGUGACACAAGAAUCCAAAGAUGUCCUCCAAUUAUGGAUAUCACCUUGCAUAUGCUAAAUGGAUACCUUUUGGCAUCCAAGGCUUACUUGAACUCAUAUCUGAAAGAGACAGCAGAUCAAGAUAUGAAACCAUCACUAAAUAAUACAACAGCUUUAGCAGGCCAAGUAGAAGCUAUGGAGGUAACUAGAGAAGAACUGAAAAAUGCUCUCCUUGCAGCUCAGGAUAGUGCAGCUGUACAGAUAUUGUUGGAAAUCUGCCUUCCUGCAGAGGAGGGGAAGGAUCAGAAUCCUGCUUGUCCCCAACUAACAGAAGGAGAGGAAAGCCUGCUGUGCAACCUGAGAGAAGUGCAGUGCCUCAUAUGUUGCUUACUGCAUCAGAUGUUCAUUGCAGACCCAAACAUUGCAAAACUCGUGCAUUUUCAGGGCUAUCCAUGCCAACUGCUACCACUGACUGUUGCUGGAAUCCCCUCAAUGCAUAUAUGUGUUGAUUUUAUCCCAGAGCUUAUUGCUCAGCCGGAAGUAGAGAAGCAGAUUUUUGCUAUCCAGCUCCUUUCUCAUUUAUGCAUCCAGUAUGCUUUGCCAAAAUCUCUUAGCAUGGCUCGCUUGGCCAUUAAUGUAAUGGGGACUCUACUCACAGUUUUGACCCAAGCAAAGCGUUUUCUGUUUUUCAUGCCUACACUGCCAUGUUUGGUAUCCUUCUGCCAAGCAUUUCCUCCAUUGUAUGAAGAUAUCAUGUCACUGCUGAUACAAAUAGGACAGGUCUGUGCAUCAAAUGUGGCAACACAAACGAGAGAUGUUGAUCCAGUCAUUACACGUCUCCAAAAGCUUAAAGAAAAACCAAAGGAAUUGUCAGGAACAUACAUCCCUUCACCAAUGCCAGUUACUGCAUUGAAAGACACUGAGAGUUUAGACCCUGAUGUACAACUAUGCCAGCGUGUUGAAAGCACCAUCAUUGAAAUCAUUAACAUGAGCGUCACAGGAGUGUAGAAAUCUCUGUAUAUUUUAUCUUUCCAUCUGCUACUGUAUAUGAAUGUGCUCAGUGGAAGAAGCAGAGUUAGACUUGGAGAGAGACUUGCAGAUGGGGUCUUUUUCUGAGACCCACAUUUAUUUCUUCAUAAUGAUAUGGCAACAAGAAAGCUUAAAGCUUAAAAACUGUUUAGUGCUUUUGCUCAAAGAAUUGGCCAAGUUGGUUCUUCAGCAAAUUUGCUCUGUUAUGGCAUUUCCAUCUUGAUUUUGGAAGGUGAAAGAUCCAGCAAUGUCUGCACAGACCAAGGAACCAUUAUUGGCAUCUACAGAAGCUUCGGAAUGAACAUCUGAUGCACAAAAACUUAACACUGGUAAUAUGCCAAUACUUAACAUACACCGCAUCUCAUUGUUCGGUUGCAAGGAAAUACAAAAGCGAGGCUUAAACAAUUUGGUUAUGUGAAAUUUUUAAGAAAUAAGAGUGGCAAAUGUUGUGGUGUAUGCAUUACUUUCAUAAUCUUCAGGCAAAAAAUACAAUUCUAAAUGGUGAAUGUCACAGUGUUGGUACAAUCCAGUGUUUGAGAACUGUUCAGUUGGACAUCAUAGCUGUCCCAUGAUAUACAAUUGUCUAAUAAGCCAACAUCUUAAAAGCUUACUGUGAGAGAGAGAGCUGACUGAAGUUCUGGCUUUUCUAUGGGAGCUUAGUUCUCAACAAUGGACCAAAAAAAUCCAUUAUCUUGUAAAAAGGGACAUUACCCUUACUGUCAGUAACUUAAAAAAAAAAAUAUUCACCAUUAAUAUCACCCUGAUUUAUCUACUGGCUGGGAUUCCACUUGUAUCUAAGAAAGCAAACAAGCAUUCUUCUCCAAAUCAUUGGCUUUCAAGCUGAGCCCCCCCAGAGGGGAGAAGCCCUACAGUUUUAGGAACUACUUAUCUAAAGUGCUAGUGUGAGACUGGGACCUUAUUCACUGUUCAUAGCAUUAGUCACAUCAGCUCUGACUAAGCAGGAUACUGUUUUUAUUGAAGUUUCUAAAUUCAAUUUUAGAUGUCCAAGUUUAUCUCAAGGCAAACUUUCUAUGAAUGCAAAUUAAAAGGAAAAAAAAUCCUAUGGGUAUUGUGUGACAUUUUUUCCAAUAGGCAAUACUGCACAGAGAGCUUAUUUACUUGCAUAUUUGUAUUUCUUUAUACAGUAUGAGCUGGAGCAGCCAUAAUUUCUACUGGUUAUACCUUUCAUCCAAAGGCUCCAAACUGCCAUUCAACAAUUCCGAUUUCCGUGAAAAUUUUUUAAUAUUUGAGUUGUGUUUCCAAGCAAUAACUUUUAGACUAAGUAUCAUGUGGAUUUGUCCUCUCUUGUUUUACUCAAGGAAUCAAUAAAAUGUUCCUUUAACAUUC